AUGUCCAGGGCAUGUCUCAUUCGCACGUCUCCUUUGCGUGCCAUUCUCUCAAACAGCAACUUAUACCGCGUUCGCCUAAUUUGGCCUAAUUUACUUCGUUCGACUCUGCCUCAAAUGGGCUCGCGUUUAGUCUCCUGCAGACGUCGUCCCCCGACCACUUCGCUAUUUCUGGGGGCGGAUAGGUAUGCCCUGCUCGAAGUAGACGUCCUGUCUUGGGAUAAAGCGGCCCCACACACGCGUGCAGUCGAAGUCGCGAGAAGAUUUACCAGUCUUCCCAAUCUUUCACGUUCUAUGAUCCUCACCAUGUCUCUUUUUAACUACAAUUAUGCAUGCUUCAAUUUGAAAGGGUGGCGCAAGACACUCAUGAUGCAUUAUCAUGCAGAAACGCUAUUCGUGGCCCUCUCCGUGAUCGAAGCAAACCUAAAGGACGUCGUCAAUAGCGUCCGUAACUAA